AUGCCUCCCACCGCCUGUUUCAACUGCAAGGAGGCGCGAGCGGUCAUCAUUCGCCCGAAGAACAGACAUAAGCUCUGUCGAGCCUGUUUCCUCCAAGUGUUCGAGACCGAAGUCCACGAGACCAUCGUCGGAACAAAUCUGUUCUAUCCGGGCGAGCGCGUCGCCAUCGGUGCCAGUGGCGGCAAGGAUAGCACUGUACUGGCGGCAGUAUUGAAAACCCUCAACGAGCGAUACAACUAUGGCCUCGACCUCUGCCUGCUCUCCAUUGACGAAGGUAUUCGCGGAUACCGGGACGACAGCCUGGAAACCGUCAAGCGAAAUGCGGUCCAGUACGAGAUGCCGCUGGAGAUCCUCGGGUACGGCGAGCUUUAUGGGUGGACGAUGGAUCAAGUGGUGGCACAAAUCGGCAAGAAGGGCAACUGCACCUACUGCGGCGUGUUUCGUCGACAGGCGCUCGAUCGAGGUGCCGCCAAAUUGGGCAUCCAGCAUGUGGUGACCGGGCACAAUGCAGAUGAUGUCGCCGAGACAGUCAUGAUGAAUCUUCUGCGCGCGGAUCUACCACGCUUGUCGCGCGGCACCAGUAUUGUCACUGCCUCCGGCGCGUCGGAUAUCAAGCGCAGCAAGCCGCUCAAGUAUGCGUAUGAGAAGGAGAUUGUGCUCUACGCUCACCACCGCCAACUUGACUAUUUCUCGACGGAAUGUAUCUAUUCUCCCGAAGCCUUCCGUGGGAGCGCAAGAACUCUGAUCAAGGAUCUGGAAAAGAUUCGACCGAGUUCCAUUCUGGAUAUCGUCAAAAGUGGCGAGGAUAUGGCUGCACUGGUCCCAUCGGACGUUCCCCAGAACGCGAAACGGUGCUCGUCGACCGCUGCCACGGUGGUGGCAGACGAGGACGAGGUCGGUGGAUGCGGCAGUCAGAAUGGACGUACCAGCGGUGGGGAAAUGGCAGCCAUGGAGAAAGAGUUGGCCGAAAAUGAGUCCGCCGAGUCCCGUGAGACGGAGAUUCGUCUGCCAAAGGCUCAGUCGACAUCGACCCCAGGCUACCAAGGCAAGGGUGUCAAGAAGCAGACCUUGGGUCACUGUGAGCGCUGCGGGUAUAUUUCCAGCCAGCGCAUUUGCAAAGCGUGCACCCUCUUGGAUGGAUUGAAUCGAAACCGACCCAAAACUGCAAUCGAAGUCAGUGUCAGCGCCGACGACGAAGAGGCCAGCUCGACAUUGAUGAGGCAAAUGGAACGUGCCCAGCUCACCAACAGCUGA